CGGGUUCAUUUUGUGCCCCCUUUGCUGCCUUUUUUGCAUAGAAUUCGACAGGUGGAGAAGAGAGUCUUUCAUCCAUCAAAACACUUCUUAGAUACGAUGGCCACUCAGAAGCAAGCUGGCGGCAAGAAGGCCGCGGCCAAACCCCAGGAUGCCAAAGCCAAGGCUGCCAAGAAGGCUGCUUUGAAGGGCACUCAAUCCCACUCUGUCCGCAAGGUCCGAACUUCCGUGUCUUUCCACCGACCAAAGACCCUUCGACUUGCCCGUGAUCCCAAAUACCCACGAAAGAGUGUCCCCCACCUCCCUCGAAUGGACCAAUUCAGGACCAUUCAACACCCCCUCAACACCGAAUCAGCGAUGAAGAAGAUUGAGGACAACAACACUUUGGUAUUCAUUGUCGACUUGAAAGCCAACAAGAGACAUAUCAAGGAUGCCGUGAAGAAGCUUUAUGAUGUCGAGGCCGCCAAGAUCAGGACUUUGAUCAGACCCGAUGGAACAAAGAAGGCCUACGUUCGUCUGACUGCGGACCACGAUGCCCUCGAGGUUGCCAACAAGAUUGGCUUCAUCUAGGUUACGAUAUGAUGGCAUAGCGCUGUACCCUCUGUAUGCAGUUGGUGGCAUU